GUCGCGGCCCCGCACCUACCUGGCCGAGGACGGGCCGGCCAUCGACUGGGACGAGAACGGCGUGGUCAAGAACUUCGAGAAGUGCUCGUACACGCGUGAGAACCAGGCGCUGAGGCACGACGCGGCCACUUGCAUCCAGGACACGUACCGACGCCACCGCGGCUGGCCGCUGCGCUCGGUGCUUCCGCGGCUGGACUCCGAGAUGGGCGCGGCGGAGACACCCUACGCCGAGUUCGUGCCCACGUGGGUGGACUCGAGUGAGUCGCUGUCGACCAAAGUGCGCCGCGACGCCUCGCAGGACAUGCACGUCGACUUGACGCCUUACGAGGCGCAACUUGAGCUGGUCACGCGGUGCCAGGCCUGGGUGCGCCGGUUCCUGGCACUGCGGAACUACAAGCGCGUCCACGCCCGCGUUCGGCCCGUGGUCGAGCUCGAGGCGGUGCUGGACGAAGACGACCCGUACCAGCACUUUCUGGUGCGCCACCCGGGUUCGCGGUCCAUGCCGGCGAUCACGUGGGACUCGUACCCGUCGCGGACGCUACCGUGGCACACGGGUCCGCUCCAGGACCCGGACUGCGCCGUCGUGCUGCUCCUGGGGGGCGUGGAGCCGGCCAAGAGCCACGAGCUGGCCACCGGCUGCGCCAUGCUACGCUACCACCCGCUCAAGCGCGAGCUGACCCGGUGCGGCCGGCUGCCCCAGCCGCGGCACAACCACACGGCCGCCUACCUGGACGGCUACGUCUACGUGGUGGGCGGCUUCGACACGCGCAACACGCACCUGGCCAUCAAGUACGCGACGCGCACCUGCUUCCGGAUGCCGCUCGAGGAGAACGGCGCCGGCAAGUGGGAGCGCGUGGCCGACAUGAACCACUCGCGGUGCAACCACGCCACGGUGGCCAUGGGCCACAAGCUGUACGCCGUCGCGGGACAGGACGAAUUCGACCGUUUCCUCGCCUCGGUCGAGAUCUACGACCCCACGCAGGACCAGUGGACCGAGUGUCCGGUGCCGCUGUGCUGCAAGAUGUCCGCGUGCGGCGCCGCGCUCCACGCCGGCUACCUGCACAUCGCGGGCGGCGUCGUUCAGUCGAGGCGGCGCACGGACAAGGUGUUCCUGGUGCCCUCGGUCGAGCACUGGGACUCGGCGUGCCAGCGGUGGCUGCGCGAGGCGGCCCAGCUGCCGACGGGCCGGGGCUCGCUGGCGCUCGUCUCGUACAUGGACCAGCUGUUCGCCGUCGGCGGCCUCACCAGGGGCGACGACUGCCUGCUGGACGUCACGGCCGACGUGCUCUGGUACGACGGCAAGAGAGGCGUCUGGAGACCCGCGGCGCCGCUGCCUCAGCCGCGGCACAGCGCGUGCGUGGUGAACGCGGACGACGUCAUACUGCUGUUCGGGGGCCUGGUGAACGUGAACCAGACCGAGGCCAGCGCGGACGUCCUCACCUACGGGUUCCGGCAGGACCUGUGGGAGCAGGCGGGCCAGCUGCCCUGCAGCAUGACCGGAUUCGCUGCGGUCGUCCUGCCGCGAUUGAAACGAUCGGCCAACACUCAUUGA